GUAUAGUCUGUUUGAAACCGAUGAGCAAUGAGCAACACCGAUUGUAUGAGCACCUGAAAGAAUUUUUGAUUCAAUUAACAAUUUAUCACUUGAAAAAGCUUAGCGGUGUUUGUGUUAAUGCGUAGAAACGCGUAAUGAUUGGCUUACCAGAAAGCAAGACCAAGUCAUUAGCAUCAAGUCCAACAUUUCCAAAGAGCGUUAGAAGAGUGGUGAGGUUGUUAAAAGGAGCAGGAAGGCUGAUAAAAACAUCUGCUGAUUUAGAGAUGGUUCCGUCCCUUCGACCUGUUGGAACAUUCCAAUAAGGUCCACCCUGCAGAUUCAUAUCAAAUAUAUAACUAACUAGAAAGUAGUUAUGAAGUGUUAUGACAUGAAUGAAACAAAUGAAUACUUACAGUGGCAUGAAUAGAGUCUCUAGCAGUCAGAGCCAAUAUAUCGGCACAAGAAACAAUAUUAGCAGACUUACACACUAGCCCUACGUUGCAUGAAGAUAACGUUUCCACUUUGCAUGAGGAGAAUGAGUCCACACAGUAAUAGCUUGGGUGUCACUGCAUGUAAUUAGACUCUCCUACUUAGUUAGUUAGAUUUAUGGUUAGAGUAUAUAACCACUUUUGUAACUAACUUUCUAUUCAUUCGAUUCAAUGCAAAUCUAUCGUUCUCUCUUUCUCUUCUCUGAUUCAUCGCUUAUUGCACACCUUCAAUGGAGGUUUUGGUUUGCUAAGAUGGUAUCAGAGCAGGUAGAACCUGCUUUGUUUCCGCUGCGUCCUUUUUCCUCUUUCUUGCAUUGAAUCGGAGACGCCAUUGUUGCGUUCUUCUUUUUCUUGAAGCUUGUUUCUGUUAUAUUUGUGUUAGCUUCAUCAUUUCUUGUUUGAUUUUGCUUUGAUUCUCCCCUUGUUGUGCUAUCAUGACGAGGAAUAACAAUCCAGUUCCAGAUCCAUUGGAUCCAUACUAUGUUCAUCCUUCAGAUAAUUCAUCAACAGUUUGCGUUGCACCGCCAUUAUCAGGUGAUAACUAUCAUGCUUGGUCCAUGAAGAUGAGACGAGCUUUGGCUAUGAAGAACAAAUUUCAGUUUGUUGAUGGUACUAUCGAGAUACCAGGUAAAGAUGACCUCAAUUAUGUAGCAUGGCAGCGAUGCAACAAUCUUGUGCAUACAUGGAUCAUAAAUUCCAUCACGCCUUCAAUUGCACAGAGUGUUGUAUUCAUUGAUAAUGUUGAGGACAUGUGGAAUGAUCUUAAAGAUCGUUUCAUGAGAGGUGACAAGAUACGAGUAGCACAAUUGUAUCAAGAGAUUACAAACUUGAAGCAAGGAAGUAAGAAAAUUUCAGAUUAUUUCACUGAAUUGAGAAGUUUGUGGGAAGAGUUAGAUCAAUACAGACCCGUUCCAAGUUGCACUUGUCGUGUGACUUGUGCUUGUUUGGCUAUGAGGAAUAGCAGAUCUUUCAGGGCAGAAGAUAGAAUUAUCCAAUUCUUAAUUGGAUUGAAUGAAGAAUUUCAUGGAGUUGUCUCACAGGUAUUGCUUAUGGACCCUCUCCCUCCUAUUAACAAAGUGUUUUCCAUGGUACUGCAGCAAGAAAGAAAGAUAUGUGGAACAAUUUUUUCCCCUCUUAAUGCUACUGAAGAUGGAUCGGGAAUGGUCAAUGCUGUAGAGGGAAAACAAGGUGGAAGAGGUAGAGGAUAUAGCAAUGCUGGCAGAGGAAGAGGUAAUGGCAAAGUAUGCACAUAUUGUGGCAAACCUGGUCACACAGUGGAUAACUGCUACAAAAAGCAUGGAUAUCCACCUAACCUUGGUCGUGGAAGUGCAUCCUAUGCUAAUCAAGCUGGAGCUAGUUCUACUCAGAGUCAGGUGGACAAGACUGAAGGCAAAUCCACAGUUGGCACAACUAGUGACAAUGGAAGCAUGGCACUAACAAAAGAACAAUAUCACAAUUUGAUGGUGUUGCUCGAAAAGAAUUCAGGAUCAGUCAAUCUUGCCAAGGGAGGAAAGGAGACAAUUGAAGAAGAUUGGUUCAGCUAAGGAGAUUGAUGGACUGUAUUACUUGGAAGGAACUUGUACUACAAGCAAGCAAGGAUUCAUUUCAAGUGUUUUCACCUAUAAGGAAUUAGAUAGAGUUUCUCCAGCCAUUUUAUGGCAUUUAAGACUAGG